GCCAGAGUCCACCGCACGCCACGCUCUCCGCUUCGAUCGGCGGCGGCGAUCCAUCGAUCCCCUCCUCGCUCCCGCGCGCGGGCGCGUUGACGUAACCACCUCGUCCUCAUCAUCAUCCUCUCCCGCCUCGCCGGCUCUCCCAUCUCCUAUAAAUUCCGAUGAUAAUACCAUCUCCUGAUCAGUUCAAUUUUGUCAUAAUCGGCUGCUUCUUCGCUUCAAUUCUGUGUUGGUAGCAGGCGACGCUCGGUGUCUUAGUUCAUGGCUCGGAGGGAUCAGCUGGUCUCUUUCCUCUGCUUCUUCCUGAUCGUCUCUGCCGUCGCCGGCGGCUUGUGCGUCUCGGCCACCGUGCUCCCGAUGCGGGUGGGGAAGCAGUACGUCGUCGGCGGCCGUAGCGGGUGGAGGACGCCGCCGCCGGCUAGCGUCGACUUGUACGCCAAGUGGGCCGCCGGCAUCCGCUUCUACGUCGCCGACUCCAUUGAGUUCGUGUACAAGAACGAUUCCGUGGUGAAGGUGGACAAGUUCGGGUACUACCACUGCAACGCGACGGCGGCGGCGGCCAACGACGGCAGCGUGCUCUUCCUCCUCGACGCCCCCGGCUUCGCCUACUUCUCCAGCGCCGACGCCGAUCACUGCAAGAAGGGCCAGCGCCUCAUGAUCAACGUCGACUCCGCCCCGUCGCCGGCGCCCGCCCCGGCGGCGUCGCCCAUCGCGAAACCUCCUGCCGCCGUGACGGCGGCCACGCCACCGCCGCCGCCGCCGCCGCCGUCGCCAUCGCCUUCCCCGAGCCCGGCGCCCCAAGAAGCCGCAACGGCGAGCGCCGCAACGUCGUCGUCGGCGGCGACAGCGGCUCACGCAUUGCUCCUGGCCGCGAUGGCCAUGAUGGGCUUGAUUCUUGGAGAGUGGUAGUAACAACAGAGUUUGCAUUGAGCUAGGCCAUCAGGGUGUUAGUUAAUUAGGAUGGUUAAUUACUUCGGUGCAGUAUGGAACGUACUGGCUGGAGCUUAAUUACCGUCGCUGAACUGAAUAAUUUCGAUGUGAAUUAGACGAUUAGUUGUUGAUUUGUCGCUUUAGAAUCGAAGAAGAAAUUAAGAUCUCUCCAUUUUCAUGCAAAUUUCUGAUUUGUGGGAA